AUGGCGCAUGUCGGAAAUCUAAAUCCAUACGUACGUCCGCCCAACGGUACCGCCAACCCAACUUGGUUGCAGGGCAUGUUUCUAAUCGAAUCUCAGGGGACUCAGCUGAGACUCAACGUUCAAUCCCUACCUCGACUUCAUUGUGUUCUCGUACGAGUAACAUGGAAGUCGAUGAUCCCAAGUUUCCUUACACACGAGUGCCGUAUGAUCCCACUGGUCCUUAUGCAAGUCCUUGAAUUCACCUUUUUCUCCGCUUUUGCUCAUAGAAUGACUGGCUGGGAUCGACUGUACUACGAUUUCGGUAUCCGCCAACCUGCUCUUCUGGUUCAUCGAGGAUGGGGCUGUAUCGUCUUGUACGCUGAACCUGAUGGACUGGCUUUGUUGCGUGAAGCGCAGGCGUUGGUCGGACGUGGUCGCGAUGAACAGUUCGAUCGCCACGUUGACCUCGUUGACGCCUAUGUUGAAAGGCUGCUUAGAGAUAAUGUUGAUGACCCGGAAAAUCAGACUUGGAUACGAAAAUGGACCCCGCUUCGUGCCAUGCCUGAAGGAGUCGAAAUCACUCCAGAGAUCAACAUCCUCUUGGAGACUGUGCUCAGAGAGUGGAAUGAACUAAAAGCACUUUUACCUCCAAAAGAAGCCGUUCUACGCUAUGACAGGCUCCUCAGCCUUCAGACCAAUGAACUUGAAGGAUUAUUUUGCCUUCAUGAUAAAAGCAUCUCUCGGCUCGUCCGUAUCGGUUUCUUUCCCGCUGCAGUCGUGUUAUUGAAAGAGGGCUCCCUUGACUUUGAGACUUUAGAUGAAGCACAACCCAAAGUAGCGCAAGUGUGUGAAGAUGUCCUAAAGGUUAUCAAAGUUGUUACAUUACAAUCUGAAGGAAAGAUUCCCGUCGAUACCGCAAGCAUCAAACAGCUUCAUUUUGAAUGCACUUUCCACUCUCGAUUCACGAUAAUUGAAAGGCCUGCUACCUAUGGAAUCACCUUCCCAGGCACCUUUCGACAAGCAAUUUGCUCCACAACCUACCCAGCUGAUGGUAAAAUUGGCGUGGUUCAAUACUGCCAUUUCCGCGAAGUCCCAAGCGAGGUAGAGAAGAUGUUAUCGCUAUCCAAUCAAUAUCGGAUCUACCAGCUUCACCCUUUUUUGCUUUGA